GUGACAAAACAGCAAGCAUGCCAAACGGCAGGUAAGAUUGUUCAGAAAGAGGAGCAUUAAUUAUUGUCAUUCCGUUUGGUGAAAAAAUUUGCAAAACAGCCGGGGAUUCAUGACAGCGUCCGUACUAAAGAAAGCAGGUUUAUACGACACAGAAAAUCAUCUAUCAUAUUUAACUGCAGAAGGCCAGUAAUUUGUGCACAUAAUUACCGUCGUCCAUUGUUUAAUUCUCCCACGGAAUUGCCAUUUUGGGGUAUAUAAGUUCUAGCACGACGCCAUAAGUACUGGUAAUUGUAAUUUGUAUUGAUCAGGAAUAUCGUUGUGCGUUUUGUGUUGUGCAGCCACUGCUUACGCUAGUUGCAAGAGUGAUGCUUGAAGUUGUCAAGAAUGGCUAGUCCUGCUGUUCUAAUAAAUGUGAUUUUAUGUACGCUCUUUGCCGGUUAUGAUUCGGCCAACAUUCCGGACUCCAGUACUGACCAUCCGAAAACAGGGCCCGCGUCCAGUGGAAGCGAUGUGCAGCGUGUCACCAUAAAGAACGGAGAGUCCUAUACGAUGCGAUGUAUUGACCCCAACCCCGUACCCCCGGCCGCAUCGGAUUUCCGCCGAAGCCGUACGGCAGAUGACGAUAUGAUCUACGGCAUCAUCCUACAGGAAGCCAAGUAUCACGGCAGCGGAAGCGGUGCAUGCCGAGAAUCAUCCAUUGUGAAAAACUUGAAAACAAAAUUCUGUGUUGCUGUUCGUCAGCAAGAAUGCAAACUGGACGCAAAAGAUCCCGUUGAAGGGUGCGGCAAUCGCCCGCUGACACUGGUCUUCACUUGCAGAAUGACGCGAAGAAUUCAAGGCAAGCGUGGCAUGAUCGUGAACAACAUGCUGGAUGAUUAACUUUUCUUUUAAUUAUAAUGGUAUCGGCUGAAGUAGCCCCGAUUAGGUUUGCGGCUUAUCAAAAAAAGGCUCUUGCGUACUGUAUUAUUUUUUACCGGUAGGUAUUACUCGUGCAGACACGCCUCUGAUUAUGUGAUUAUUCUUGGGUCACU